AUGGAGCCUGGUGAGGAGAUUAAUUUGAAUAUAGAAAGUGGUGGUGGGAAUAAUGGGAAGAGUAGUGAUGGGUUCAUUGAUAGAAGUAAGGUACGGAUUUUGUUGUGCGAUAACGAUUCCAAGAGUUCUCAAGAGGUUUUCACGCUUCUUUUGAGGUGUUCUUAUCAGGAGGGGCAACAUAUAGAUAUCAUACUGGCUGAACUGGACCUUCCAACAAAGAAGGGCAUGAAGAUGUUGAAGUACAUAGCACGGGAUAAAGAGUUCCGCAGAAUUCCUGUUAUAAUGAUGUCCGCACAAGAUGAGGUAUCCGUUGUUGUUAAGUGCUUGAGACUUGGAGCAGCUGACUAUCUAGUAAAGCCUUUACGCACUAAUGAACUAUUAAAUUUGUGGACUCACAUGUGGAGACGGAGGCGCAUGCUUGGACUUGUGGAGAAGAACAUCUUGAAUUAUGACUUUGAUCUGGUAGCAUCAGACCCUAGUGAUGCCAAUACAAACAGUACCACCUUGUUCUCUGAUGACACAGAUGAGAAGUCCAAGAGAAGCACCAAUCCAGAGGUGGGAUUAUCAGUCCAAGAAGAACAAGAGUUAGUUCAUAAUGUGUUAAGUGGGGUAGAGUUUGAUCCAUUCCAUUUUGUAUAUGCAAAUAAGUACAAAUUACCUCCCCUGACUUUUGAUGACUUCCUCCUCUAUCUCUUGGCUCGGUUUCGAUGGUCGAAAUUACUUGCAAUAGAUCUAAUAGAUCAAAGGAUUCUUAAGAGGAUGUCGAGAUUAGACCACUAUGAGGGUGGAGGACUAGGAGCCGAAUGUUAUUCAUUGACAUUUAGUGUGUGUCUCCUCCACAUAGAUCCAAAGUCGACUAUUGCAAAUGUUGCUGCUGUUGAGGAACCUCUUGAUGCUCGUGCAUCAGAACAUGGGCCUGAUGUCAAUGGAUUUAAUGAUAACCGAACAGCACAUUUUUCAUCUGGUCCGAAGAAGAGUGAACUAAGGAUAGGGGAGUCAUCAGCCUUUUUCACGUAUGUUAAAGCAUCUAUACUGAAGAGCAACUUUGAAGGGGUUGUUAAUGUAGACAAUAAUGGUGCUGCACAUGUGAGAAUGGAAGUUAUGCAUCAAGCAUGUGCUCAACAAGGGGUUAACGACUUUCAAACACGUGAAAAUGGAGAGACAUGUGAAAGUCAAUCGCAAGAUGACUUGCCCAGUAGCAGCAGUGUACCUGAUUCUCUCUCUAUUGAAAGGUCUUGUACUCCACCUGCAUCAAUGGAAGUUUCACCUCAGAAGCACAAAGAAGAAAAUUUCCAUCAGGGUGUGAUGCAUCCAAGAAAUGGAACUCAUUGUUCUGAGCAUGAAGUAUCUGGCAUGGCUUCCCAACAUGCUUAUCCAUAUUAUAUUUCAGGAGUUGUUAAUCAUGUUAUGAUGCCUUCAUCAGCACAAAUGUAUCACCAAAAGAAUAUGCAGGACCUACAGAAUCAUCCUAGUACAGCUAUGAUUGCACAAUACAGUCAUCUUCCCCAAGGUGGUCCUCAUGGAACGGGGAUGACAUCUUUCCCAUACUACCCAAUGAGUAUAUGCUUACAGCCUGGUCAGGUUCCUCAACCCCAUUCAUGGCCAUCAUUUGGAAGCUCAAGUUCAUCAGAACCAAAAUUAAGUAAAGUUGACAGGAGAGAAGCAGCACUGAUGAAGUUCAGACAGAAAAGGAAAGAGCGCUGCUUUGAUAAGAAAAUUAGGUAUGUUAACCGGAAACGACUUGCUGAAAGGCGGCCUCGAGUGAGAGGUCAGUUUGUCAGGAAACUAAACAGUGCCAAUGUGGAUCUCAAUGGACAGCCUGCAUCAAUUGAAUAUGAUGAAGACGAAGAAGAGGAUGAAGAUGACCAGGGUAGAAGAGAUUCUUCUCCUGAGGAUUCUUGA